AUGAAACCCAAACAAAAAAGAUCAAAAACGGUUCGCGUUCUUCAGAUUCUUGGUAAUGACGAAUAUUAUGAUAGUUCAACAACAACAACACGUUCAACUAGUGUCUUUUCAUCAUCAAAUUCCAAUAACAAUAAUCCAAAGCAAUUAACACAUAAUAAUAACAGUUUAACAUCAUUAACAGAUACCAUCAACUCAGCAUCAUUAUUAAACAACAACACAACAUCAUCAUCAUCAUCAUCAUCAUCCAACAACAACACAACAUCAUCAUCUGACAACAGCAACAACACAACUUCAUCAUCCACCAACAGCAAUAAUACAACUUCAUCAUCUAGUAAUACCGGUUCAACAUCAACUUUACUAUUGCCUACUAAUAUUGCUGGUCGUAAAUCAACAUUGAAAGUUUGCCUAUAUGCUAUAAAAAGUGAUGAUGGUAAAAUGGCUUUAUGCCUACUAUGUGAUUAUACUUGUGCUAUCGUCGACCAUUCGUUACCAUUUGAUUCAUGA